AGAGCCAAACACUCGAGUUUUAUUUGCUUUGCGAAGUCGGACGGAGCGUGCUGUGGAAUUUUUCGUCUGCUGUGGAAAACGAACAUUUUCAGUGGAAAAACGACAGACAACUGGUGCCAAAAAACGCAGAAACGCCACAGCGAAGGUCAAACCUUCUAGACGCGGGUGAGCGGAAAGUAUGCAAAGUACGCGCGUGAAGGAGAAAGUGCAUCCGAGGAUGGUGCGUAGUGGAUGUUACGAAAAUAGGCAGCUAAAAGCGAUUGCCUUCUGUACGCUGUUGGCCGUCUCUACCUUCCUGCCGAUGACCGAGGCGUUGAAGUUUAAAAGUCGCGGCAAAACUUCAUCAUCUUCAUCGUCAUCGUCGGGUAGGGUUUCGAAGCCCAGCACGUCGUCCUCGUCCUCGUCCAGCUAUAGCAAUCCGGGCAGCUUGAGCUACAGUAAUUACCAGGCAAAACCAGCCCCGAAACCGUCGGCUCCAGUCGAUACGUCGAACCAGCGCAAUAUCGGAUGGAAUGUAAACAGCCAGGCGAAGCCCGCGGGUUCUGUGGCACAGCCAGCGGUUAACAAGCCACCACCGUAUCCGGUACAGUCGAGUGCUGCGAAACCUCCGUACCCGGUACAGUCGAGUGUGGCGAAGCCUCCCUAUCCGGUUCAGCAACAGAGUGCUCCCGUACAGUCGAGUGCUGCGAAACCGUUGUAUCCAGUGCAGGCGACACAUAAUACGCAUCAGACGCACGCGGGAGCUCCUCCGCCACCGUACUCGCAGGGACCACCACCACCGUACUCGGCCGCUAACAAUCCGAACUUGAAUUCGCGCUUCAACGAAGCGCCACCAAUGUAUAACCCUGGAAACCAAGGUUUUCGACCGGGCCAGCCAGGUUUCGGGCAGCCGGGAUCGUUUGGACAGCCAGCGUACGGACAGCCAGCCGCAGCGGGUGGCUUUGGACAACCGGGAGGAUUCGGACAACCAAUGGGAGGCUAUGGACAACCAAUGGGAGGUUUCGGAGGUGGUGGUUAUCAUCCACCGGCGGGUGGAUUCGCUGCACCCCACGGCACUUUCCAGGGUGGUGGUUAUGCACCUCCGGUAAACUAUGCUCCUGCGCCUUCGUUCCCUAUUGCGGCUAUUCCGGUCGGUGCGUACAAACCUCAAAGCUCCGGUAUUGGUAUUGGUGGCAUUGCAGCUGGUGUUGGCACGGGUCUGGUAGCAGGAGCGGCUGGAUCCGCCCUUUACCAUGCCCUUCGUCCGGAGGAUCGUGCACGGUACAGUGAGAGAGGUGGUGUAACGAUCAUUAAUAACAUACCAGCUCAGCCUGCUGCUGCUGCUGCCGCCCCUGCCGCUGCUCCUGCUGCGGCGGAAGGAGUCGUUUCUGCGGCUGCCGCUCCUGUUCCUGUCGCUGCAGCUCCAGCUGCUGCACCAGCACCAGCCGCUGCUCCGUCUCCAGAUGCUGCAAUGGUACCGCAGGUUCCACCAGUAGCUGGUAUGCCGCCAGUUCUACCAGCAGCUGCUGGUCCCGAUGGUCAAGCAUCCGUACCGCUCGCUCCAAUGCCCAAUACAACUGAUAGCGUCAAUGCGGAGGCUUCACCAGCACCAGGUGUUCCCGAUGCUCCGGUCAUUCUAAAUCAAAAUGCCACUACCACGGAAGCCGAACAGCAGCAGCAACCAGCGAACGGAACCGACACGAUCACUCCACUGGCGCAGGCACCGGUUGAAAUGGGCCCCGUUGAAACGACCACCGUCAAUCCGAACGCUAAGCAAUAUAUUCCACCACCCGGUCAGUAUUAUCCGGCCACCGGUCAGUAUGUACCACCGGGCGAGUAUGAUCCGGCCACGGGAAUCUUUACCCCAGGACGAUACAUCCCCGACACGAGCAUCUUCCAGUCCGGUCUGUACGAUCCACUGACACAGAUGUUCACUCCGGGACGCUUCGAAACCGAUGGACAGUUUAUUCCGGAUCCUAAUCAUCCGGCGGUGUCGUUGGCACCGAAUGGUGGUACCGCUGAACAGCCUGUUACACCUGUGGUCGCUCCAGUUGCAUCACAACCGGAACCAGUUACACCGGCCAUUGCAUCACAACUGAAAACUACAAGCGGCGCUAGCAUGAAGACAGUUUCGCUGCUAACGGCACUUGGAGCAUUGAUCGUGUCGGAAAGCUUCCGCCAGAUCGUACGCUUUUAGGCAGCCUGAUUAGAAAAGUGCAAACUUUUUAACUUCUUUCCUUAUUUCUAGUCGCUGAGAUUGGGGCCGAAAUCGGGAAACAAACAAGAACAAAAUGGUUAACAUAAUUUCAUAACGUCAAGUAUAUAAGGCAUUUUCAGGAACAGAAUUAGCCUUUGAUCAAAUUGCUUGGGAGCAAAGCAAAACCUAUUAUUGUACGAUGAGUAGCGAACGAGUAUUACAGAAAUCUCAGUUAAAAUGGCAACUCUUCACAUGCGCGAUAAAAAUACAGAACCGGUUUAGGUUUACAAGAGAAGAACAGUAAACAGCCUUAUUAGGUAUUCAUUUGACGAAGGUCAAAGAUGCUUUCUUGCUCUUACGAAAAAGAUACGAUUCCAAACGGAACAUUUAUACAGGCUCGCGAAAGAUACAGAUGUGAGUUGAUAUCCGAUUGUAAAGAGAUAAGCACCUUUCGAAAGGAGAUUUUUUUCCAAUUUCGAUUUGCGAUCACUUUACGAUUGGAAAAUCUUCCCCUAAACAACUCCGAACAAUCUCAAAGGUUGUUCUUUUUCUUACAGAAACGCUUUUAAUAUGUGAUUUGACAGACUAGAACAGCAAUUAGCCAGUUUUGUAACAGAUUUUACCUUCAUUGGAUGUGUUUUGCAUAAAAUACUCGUUUUUGUCUCGAAUGACCACUAUAAAGAAAAUGAAUCCUUCAAUAUACACGAUCGUUAGAGAUCAGGCACAUCUUGAAGAAUGCGCAUUUAUACAUCACCUGUAAGCUAGAUAUCUGGUAGGAUCCCGAAACCCUCUGUUUCACAAUACCAACCCAAUGGCUCUCUAAUACUUUCUCAUGCCCUCUACGUUUUACAGUGAUACACGCAACUUGUCGAUGAGAAUUCAAUGAUAUUGUUAGUUUUAAAUGUAAUUCUAAACAUUAUACACUCGAGGAGCUUCUAAUGCUGUUGGAACCAUAAUUACCCUACCGAGUGGAGUAACACUAACCUAACCUACCUGCUAUAUAUUUGCCUCGGAAAACGCCGUGUCUUAGCAAAGUUAUACACCAUGGUAGAUUGUAAGCAGAUUGUAUUUACGUCUAUUCGUAACAUUAUUACACGAUUGUAUCAACAGA